GUUUCCUGGUCCUUUAAGGUGUGGCUCCGUAUUUUUGAAACCCUUAUGCAGGAACAGGCGACUGUCCACCGCAGCCUGAGAGCUGCUAGCACUGCGGUUCACCUUUUACAGUGCGGCGUAAGGACCUCUCCGAGGUCUGUCGCAGACAGGGAGGGGAUUUUUUCAAUUUAGGAAGGCAUGCGGUAACUAGCCCUCCUAGGAGGAAGUCCUUGCAAGCUAUCAGGGUCGCACCGCCCUAGGGGUUGCCUCUGAACUUCGUCCCUCCCAGGUUUCCAAGCCAGCGAGCAGUCGCUCUGACUGCAGUCCGAGCCAAUGGCAAAAAACCCUCCUGAAGCCCGGCCCCGCGGAAGGAAUGGUUUCCGAGUUGUUUGUUUCUCUUUAAUAGGGGAACUGUACAUUGCUUAAGCUUUUACUUCUGUGCGUGACCGACACCCUCCAGAGGCAGUUUAGGACCGGGAACGAGAACCCUGGGCAGCUGAAAGGAUGAAGUACCUUCUUGACUUGAUCCUGCUGCUGCCUUUGCUCAUCGUCUUCUGCAUUGAGUCUUUUGUCAAGCGUUUUAUUCCCAAGAAGAAAAAAUCCGUCGCCGGAGAGAUCGUCCUGAUCACCGGAGCUGGUCAUGGGAUUGGAAGACUGACUGCCUACGAAUUUGCCAAACUUAACACCAAACUGGUUCUCUGGGAUAUCAAUAAGAAUGGCAUCGAGGAAACAGCUGCCAAGUGCAGGAAGCUGGGUGCCCAGGCCCAUCCCUUUGUGGUGGACUGCAGCCAGCGGGAAGAGAUUUACAGCGCUGCGAAAAAGGUAAAGGAAGAAGUUGGAGAUGUUAGCAUUCUGGUAAAUAAUGCUGGCGUUGUCUACACUGCAGAUUUAUUCGCUACUCAGGACCCUCAGAUUGAAAAGACUUUCGAAGUCAAUGUGCUUGCACACUUUUGGACCACCAAGGCAUUUCUCCCAACGAUGAUGAAGAAUAAUCACGGCCAUAUUGUCACCGUGGCAUCCGCAGCAGGGCACACCGUUGUUCCCUUCUUGCUGGCUUAUUGUUCCAGCAAGUUUGCUGCUGUCGGCUUCCACAGAGCCUUGACUGAUGAACUGGCUGCCUUGGGACGGACAGGAGUGCGAACAUCAUGCCUCUGCCCUAACUUCAUCAACACCGGCUUCAUCAAGAACCCAAGCACCAAUUUAGGACCCACCCUGGAACCUGAGGAGGUGGUAGAACAUCUCAUGCACGGGAUCCUCACUGAGCAGAAAAUGAUUUUUGUUCCGAGUUCUAUAGCGGUUCUGACAGUAUUGGAAAGGAUCUUUCCUGAGAGGUUUCUGAAAGUUUUGAAACACAGGAUCAAUAUUAAGUUCGAUGCAGUUAUUGGCUACAAAGACAAAUGAUGCAGACUGCCUGGUUUUCCUGAAAGCUGAUUGACUGGAUUCAAGUUGAUUUCAUCUAAUAUUAAUCAAAACUUUGAUGUUUUUAAUGUUUUCUUUUUAUCUUGUUUCUUCACUGUCUUCUCUUGAAGCUGUGACCAUUGUCAUGAAAGCCAGUUUCAUGUCAUAGACCCAAACAGCCCUAAGGAAGUUGCUCCUAUGUAAACGGGGUGGGGCACCAUCAGUUUGAUCAUGAUUUCCCUAGAUUCUGAAGCUCAUCAGCAGGUUUUCAGAACUUGUACUAUCAGCUUUUAUUUACAAUAUCUGUAACUGGACUUUCAGUUGGUCUAAUUCACACUUCCUGUUCUAUCCCAUAUUAGAAACUUUAAGCUCUCGAGGUGAAAUGAAGGACUGAGUUUAGUGUCAUGUGCUCUGAAACAUCUCAUCCCACGGACCAGCACUGUUUCCUGAGAUAUCAGCCCAAGGAAGCCUGGAGUAAAAGCACAUGUGGGCUCUUACUGGGUACAGGAAAACACAGGUGCGGAUGGAUAGAUGGAAAUAAUAAAUGGACCAAAUCUCAUGUUCAGUGUCUCCUUUAAAUAAAAGGAAAAUCAAUGACUUGA